AGGCAGCAAAGGCAGAGGCUUCCCCUAGGCUGAUUCAUUACCUCACGCUUCGGGGAAGGCGCGAGCGAACGGCAGCUAGACAGCUCAUCUGGCCUAUGGAAGAGAGCGGCAGAAGGGGUCGGGCAGGCGGUGCCGAGCGCUCGCCAAUGCCUGGACAGCGAGGGCGGGAGUUUGGCUGAGCCGCCGCGCCGGCUUGAGACGGGCUCCCAGUAGCGCCGACGCCAGAGAGAGAGUCAGGUUAGGCUGGUAGGACUUGCUGUUCCCUCGGAGAGCCGGCGCACAAUGUCUGACAGUAAAACAAAGUCGACCAAACCUGCAAAUAAGACUCCUCCAAAAUCUCCUUCCGAUCCAGCAAAGGACCGAGCAGCAAAAAGGUUAUCCUGUGAUUCAAACAGCUCCCAUGAGGGAGCUGUGGCAGGAGACUUGAGUGCUCUGGAAGAGGCCUUUAGAAAGUUUGCCAUACAUGGUGAUACAAGAGCCACAGGAAAAGAAAUGCAUGGGAAGAACUGGUCAAAACUGUGCAAGGACUGUCAUGUAAUAGAUGGGAAGAAUGUGACAGUCACAGAUGUUGACAUUGUCUUCAGUAAAAUCAAGGGAAAGUCUUCUAGAACUAUCACUUUUGAGCAGUUUAAAGAAGCUCUUCAGGAACUCUCCAAGAAACGAUUUAAAGACAAGAGUGAUGAAGAAGCAGUUCAAGAAAUAUAUAAACUAAUUGAAGGAAAAGCCCCAGUUAUAUCUGGAGUAACGAAAGCCAUUUCAUCUCCAACUGUAUCACGCCUUACAGAUACAUCAAAAUUCACGGGUUCUCACAAAGAGAGGUUUGAUCCCAGUGGGAAAGGAAAAGGCAAAGCUGGCCGAGAAGAUCUGGUGGAUGCUUCAGGAUAUGUAUCUGGCUAUAAGCAUGCAGGCACAUAUGAUCAUAAAGUACAAGGAAGCAAGUAAGACUGAGGGUUUACAACACAGAUGGAGAAAGAGAGGGGGAAAGAGAAUAUAUUUUUAAGAAUGACAUAGAUGAAUCCUAUGUUUCAGUUGUUGUGAAUGCUGAGACUAUGUUGUCAAGAAGUUUUCAGGAACUGGAACUGAUUUCAACAUCUGCUGAGCUACUUGCAGCACAAUGCCACUUCAUUACAUUCCUCAUGCACACAUUGGCAAAAAUAACUCUAUCAGUUAAAAAAAAAAAAGGCAUAAUUUUGUUCAGCGCUUUAGACAAAAAAGUCAAGAGCUGUUAUAUUACUCUUCGUCAAUUUGAGCAAGAAAUUUCAAACAUUCCUAAAUGUCCUGAGGAUGUAGAAGAGAACCUCUUGAAAAGAGGCUCUUUCAUAGCAGCAUUUCUGAGAAGUAUCCCAUUAUUUAUGCAGAUUGAUUUGACUACUGUUUGUGGGCUUUUCCAAAAAUGUCUUAUGUGCAAUCUGGAACUUUCCUGAAAAGAUUCAGCAGUGUAUUAUUGCGUAAUAAGUGGUUGUAAUAUAGAAGGUGCUACCAUGUAAACUUCAUACACCACUUAUGAAAAAUUGAAAUAAGAAAAAGAUCUAUUCUGGGACAAUACAGGUUCUAACAUAUUUAUGUCAGCAGAAGGAGGUGGAGAAUACCAACCCCUUACUUUCCUCCUGUCUAUACUUUUUGCUUUGUUAUUGUGGGUACUGUGUAGCAUGGUACACCUGGCUGAUUUGUAUGAAGCUAAUUUACUAACCUGAGAGGUGAGGAAUAAGACAUUACUAAGAAAGUCUACUAAAGCUUUUUGUAGUCUGUUUUCAAGUUUGUACUGCCUCACAUUUGAAAUGAAGGGGGCAUUAAAAUAAUAAUGCUUUAAAAUAUUGAUUUUGACUAAACAUUGCCGAUCAAUGCUAGUAAGUGAAUGUUACUAUGCACAUAUCCCCUUUAAGCUAUAACAUAUGUAAAGAAGGUUAUGACCCCCUGUAUUAAGGACAUUUAGUAUUAAUAUUCAUGUAAUUAAUUGCAGCUUGCACAGAAGAAUAUACUAUUAUACUUGUGCUACAUGUUCUGUUAAUUUUGUUUGAAGCCAAAGGACUUGAUUCUCUGUUCAGUUGUGCUGCCUUAUUUGGGAGUAAUUUUAUUGAUGGGAAUGGCUUUCCGUUGCUAUAGAAGAACCAAUUCCACACGCUUAAGGUACAGACGAAUGUGACCUGCCUGUGGCCCAGAUCGCCCAAACAGGUUAAUAAGAAUAAAAAUCACUCUUUUUUAUUUUCAUUUUUAUUUUUUGUAAUAUAUAUAUGUAUACAUACACACAUAUACACACAUAUCUAUGUACAUGUAUAUGUACACACACAUACACACACUGGUUAAAAGGGAGAGAAAAGGCUGGUCCAGUUUUCCACAAGAGCUGAAGAAGUACUCCAGUGUAUUGCUCUGGUUCUAUAAAAUUAUGAAAGACAAUUUUUUGAGUGUUUAAAUACAGCUCCUAGCUGGUUUGCUUUGCUUUCUUUUAAAAAGAGCUCAAGCACUGAUUUUAAUGUUUUACUGUGGAUAAAGGUUAAUAACUUCACUGUUUUCUUCCUACCAUUAUCAGCAUCCCACUCAGAGUACAUAAGAUUCAGUGAGCUUCAUGGUCUGUCACAUGUCAAGAAACGACACCGACUUUGCAUUACAGUAUGAAACCUGUGCCAGAACCAAAGCACUUUGUACGGACCUGAUGCAAAGUUGUAUAAAAUUUUCAGUGACAUAGUAAACUUUGGAUCAGGGCCUGAAAAGAUGCUUUAGAUAGCAAUAUUUUAUUUUGAGGAACAUGCUUUUUCUUCUUCUACUUUGCAGUUGGAUAGUUUAAAAACACAAUCAUACAAAUGCAUGAAAAGAAAUCAUUCUGAUAUGACAGUGAAAAAUUGAAGUUGUGGCUUGAAAGGUAAUACUUUGGAAGGAUUUUUCCCUUUUACUACACUUGAUGUGGAAGAUAUGUAAGAUAGAGGUUAUGAACAAAAGCACCAUAUACGGUUUUGUAUCAGUGGUUCAGCCACUUACUUAAGCUCUUACUUUCUCACUCAUUUAUGUGGGAAAUUAAAAGCCUAAGUACUAGCGUGAAUGUUAACCAUAUUUCUAAAAGUUCCAGGCCUGUUUGGGAAUGAGGCAAAGUGGUGGUAACCCCUUUUGUUGUUUGUUCACCUGCUGUUCUCAGGACAGCAAGUACAGCUUGUAACGCAGAGAUGAUGGGAAGGGAUAUCUUGGGAGGUGGAGGAGAGUAUACUCAUCCUGUGUACCACUACUCUAUGUAAAUGGCAUGCCUGAAGUGAGGACAUGGUGUACCCAAUAAGGUUUAUACUCAUCUCUGUUUUUUGGCCAUCUAAACUCAUUCCAUCAAACUUUCCAGUCUGAUUUCUCAUCUGCAAUGCUCUUGUCUAUGAAAACCUAUUAUUCCUAAUUACCUUUGCUGUCAGUGAACAUACUAUUGAGGUAGAUGUGAUCAGAAAGUUCAGGUAGCUUUUAGCAAUAACUGCCUAUAAGAACAAACUCAAAUUGCACUGUUCAUUUAAAAUUAAACCCUUAAAUACUAUGAUAGUACCCAGUCUUACCUGCAUCUCUAGUCUGACUGUCGAACCUUUGCAAGAUUGAGGACAAGAAAUAAAAAUCCUAAGGCAGAAGAAUAAUCUUAUUAAAAAUAUAUAUAUAUGAUUCAAAAUGUGCAGAAGAAAAAUGGGUUUUAUUAUUAGUGCUUGUUUAAUAAAUUUCUCACUCUCUGUGCUUUAGUUACUUGUUGAGAGUUUUCCAACAAUCAUAUCUAUAUGGAAAUUUCAGGAAAAAAUAUUGUCCUGCUCUUUAUGGCUAUCAAAGCUAUCACAAUAGUGUUACUGAAUAACAGACAUUAAAAAAUAUGGUUUUUUUCAACAGUCCUAUAUGAACAGUUGUGAUUAGUUGUAAUAAAGUAUUUGGAAGACCAAAAGAAAUGCUGAACAUUGGACAAUGGACAAUAUCUGGCCUGUUUGUGUUUUUGCAUGUGUGUGUAUGUGUGUUUUUAAAAACACACAAUAUUUCGUACCAAUGACACAAGUAUCUUUUUUACUUUAGGGAAAGGAGAGGGAAAUUUUCAACCUACUCAUAUGUCACACCUUGUGUGUUUUAUCAGCAUAGUCCCCUUCAAAGAUACUUUGGAUUAAAAUAUGAUAUUUCCCCUGUAUUUACUGACCUUACCUCAAUUAAAAUUCCUCUGGCAAUUGUUUGAAAUUAUAGAAUUCAUGGGUUACCAUUUCAGUCAUGUUUUUCCUCUGUUGGCUGAGUUAAUAUCGUUUUCAUGGCAGAUGGAAUUUGUUGGUAGGCCAGAACUAAACGGUAAAUGACUACUAUGGAUUUGGCUUGCAAGUGAGAGGUAUCGAGAGAAAGUGCUUGUGCAUCCUUCUCCAAAACCAAAACUUUAAAGUAAUUGUGUUAUUUUUUUUCUUAAGUGAUGUCAGUUAAAAUAAACUUUCUUUGUGCCUGCAUGUAUGAUAAUUAUCAGCUGUUCAAAAUAUAACCUUACCUUACAGUAAUGCAUGUAUUUUGGGGGCAUGUGUUUGUCAUACAUAAAUAAGAAUUCUGUUUGCACUCACCAAGAAACAAACCAUUUGCUUUCAUGAUAAAAUGUAAUGUGUUGCACUAGUACAUAUCCUUUAAACUCUGUUGGCCUUGUGUGCGUGCUAAAAUGACUGCACCUUUGUGUAUAUUGUUUGUAGUGUGAAUAUUAUGUUCUGUCUGUUAGUUGGUAGUAGGUAAUGUAAUACACAGGACUUGUGCUGGUUUGUGUGUGUGUGGGUGCACAUAGUUUUUGGAUCCAGCUAAGUAACUAAACCAUGUAAGUGCUGGCCUAAACCUUAAAUCUUAAAAGGCAAAGCUCUAGUCCUGCAGCCUGAGCUGUUCAGCAUGGCCAGUUGUCGGUAAUGCUGCCAUUCUACCUCCAUAGCACAAAAGUACAGGUCUAGAAUUUUUAUGUUUUGACACAUAUGUCUACUCUGUUCCUACUUCUGGAGGAAAACACUCUUCAGUGAUUCUAACAUGAACUUAUAAUGGCAAGAAGAGUUCCUCCCUAGUGAGGAAGUAGAAAA